AUGGCCUACCGGGAGUCUUCUGAUAUCCAGAAGGUUGAUAAUUUAGAUUAUUGUCUUAAAAAUCUUAUCGCAAUUGACGCCACUCCCACAUCUACCGACUUAUUAUACGACGAGAAUUUAUUAAAAUUGUCUUGUGAAAAUGCUCAGCUUUUGGUUAAUAAGAUUUUCGGUUUGGAACGGACAAUUACUUCAGAUGGAGUUUUUGCUGACCUUCCAUCAAAUGAUGAAAUAGUUAUGCCCAGAGUAUUUCCACUACCAAAGCCUAGAGAAAAAACCAGAUGGGAGAAGUUCGCAGAGAUGAAGGGAAUUAAGAAGAGGAAAAGGUCGAGAAAGGUCUUUGAUCCCACUGUUAAUGACUGGGUACCCCGUUGGGGUUACAAAUCAAUAAAGAAAAAUAAAGUUAACAGGCCUCCAAUAAUGGAAGUUAAGCCAGGUGAUGACGAUAAUGUGCUCGAUGUUGAGUCUGCUAAAAGAUCAUUAGUGAAGAUGAAACAAAAGAUGAGAGAGCUUCGAAAUAAAAUGGAACAAAAUUCUCCAAAAGAUUCAAAAUCACAAUUGAAAAAAACACUUCAAAGAGUUAAAGAAUCAACAAAGGGUUGUGGUAAGCAUGGAAAAGUAAAGGGGAAAACCAAGGUUUCAAUUAAGAGAAAACCAGUAAUACAGUCAUUAAAAUCUGAGAAGGAUUCAUAUCUCUCCAGUAUUAAGAAAUUAAACUUGUAA